AACCCAAGCGGUGAUGCAUACUGGCAUUUUUGUGGUGGAUCUGUCAUUUCGCAAAAUUAUAUCAUGACAGCUGCGCAUUGCCAAAAACUGCCGAGCCGCGUGACUGUAUAUGCUGGAUCGGUUGACAAGUUCAAUGGUGGAGAACGAUACACCGUGGAGACAUUUUUGGCACAUCCCAGUUACGACUCCAGUUCUAUAUCUUGGGAUUAUGGCAUCAUUAAACUAGCUGAUCAACUCAAUUUCGGUAAUACGAACAUUGCACCAAUUGCCAUCCCCAGUUUUGAGAGUUCCGAUGCGCAGUUCACUGGAGCCGGUCAUACGUCGGGAUGGGGUUACAUCUACUACGAGGCACAAUCGGACCCGGACAACGAGUUGCCGAACAUGCUUCGAUAUGCAGACAUUUCAAUCUUAUCUGAUACCCAGUGUACUAAUUACUGGGGAACUUCAUACCAGUCAGAAUCCAUGAUCUGUGCAGGAGGCGGGGCUUUAAGUAACCAAGGUGUUUGCAUGGGUGAUUCCGGCGGACCGUUGGUACAAGAAAUCAAUGGCGUGAAAACCUUGGUUGGAGCAACAUCUUGGGCACCUAGCUCAUGCACAACCAAGCUUCCAUGCGGAUGGGCUAAACUUUCCACCGUUCGUACCUGGAUCAUAAAUAACACCGAUCUGCAAUAAUUGCAACUGGGAA